AUGGCAGGUGAUUCAUCUCCCAUGGAAAGUUUCACAUUAGAAACUCAUCCCAUCCUAUCAUUAUUAGGCGGCAUGGAUGAAGGUUCAAUAAAUAGAAAACAUCUGAAUCAGUUCAUAGAAUUUUUGGAAGCUAGCCGACAAGCAAUCUCAUUUCAACCUGCUCAUUAUAAAACCAUUACUUCAUUUAUGAAAAAGUAUAUAGAAUAUCAGAUAUUCAACAACCCCAAUAUGCCAAUACAUAAACAAUUUCCAACACUAAACAAAAAGUUGUCCAUGCCUGAUGAUAAAAGAAAAUUUUUUCUCAAAAGUCUGAGUCGAAUAGCCUUUAUGAACUUGAUAUGUGGUAUUGAUAUAAAGUGGGAUCAUUUAAAGGAGGAAUUCUACCUAGAGACGUCACCUAUUUUCUCUGAAUUCGAUUGGUCAGAGAAGUACAACCCCGUGAGAAUUUUGAAACAGUUGGAAGGCACCCAGGGUAAAUUAUGGGUCUUUAGAGAGAGAUUUGUUCAGGAAUUUCUGGCUGCCUGUUAUCAAGCUGAUAAAAUUUUAGAGGCACUGACAGCCAGGAAGCAUCGUUUGCUGGGUCGCAAGUUAACACAAAGUCUCAAAAUGAUGCCAGGGACUUCCGAUAUUUGGUGCAUGACCUUUGGCCUGACAUCGAGACACUGCGACCUUUGCCCUCAUCAGCUGAGAUUGAUGACGGAAGUAGUCAGCCAGUUGAGACAGAUUCUGAAAAAGUUUGUUUCAAGUAAAAUGGGGAAAUCUUGCAAUAAAUCUGGUGUAAAGUAUCGCUAUUCAGAAAUGAAGAAAGAUAUAAAAGAACAAGCAAAUAGCCGUUUGACUCGAUUCUUCAUUGAGUGCACAUUUGAAUCAAGCAAUAAAGGCCAGCUGAUUAGACUGAUCGAUCAAAUCCUGAUCAAUGAAACAAUUAACUACUCUGGCAUCUGCCUAUCACAGAACAGGGUGUUGUACAGCCUAGCUGCCAUUGGUUACUUCAUGACUGUGGCCCCUCGAGUCUAUGGACUUCAUCUGCCCAAGAAUAAGAUUGACCAGAAAAACAUAAAAAUGCUCACUGAACCUCUUCACUCUGUUUCUGACAAUACUCUGCAGGUGUUGAACUUGAGUGGAAACAACAUUGGGCAGAGGGGCAUGGAGUCAUUGUUUCGUUUCUUUGUGAAGGCAUCGGACCUCACCCAUCUGGAUGUCAGCAACUGUCACAUGACAGACCGGGGACUGAUGAUGUUUGUUCAAGCGUUCAUCUGCAUGCCUCUCAUCUUCAUCAAUCUCUCUCAUAAUCUCAUAGGCAGUCGAGGAAUUGGCCACCUCUCUCGUAACCUCUGUUACCUUCCAAGCCUCGAAUGGCUCGACCUCUCAGACAAUUGCAUCAACGAAGGGGCAGUCACAUUAGCCCAUGCUAUGUCCAGCUUGUCAUCUCUGAGGUAUUUGAAUCUGGAUAGGAACAGUCUAGACGAUCGAGGAGUUACAGCUGUUGCUCAGGUCAUUGGGUCACUUGAGAAAAUUCAGUGCGUCAGUUUUGCUGAGAAUAGUAUCACUGCUGCUGGGUCCGAUGCCCUCGCUGACCAGGUUAAAAGGAGUCAAUCAAUAAGAAGUCUUGAUGUUAGACUCAACAAGAUACCAUUUUCUGCUGUGAUGAAGUUGAGGAGGGCAGCCAAAUCACAGGGAAGGAUGCAGGUUGUCACAUGGGAACAACAUCCCUACUCCAUUCCAUUAGAUUCGCCAUCAGCUAUUACGGAAAAGGAUGUGAAUGAACCGCCUUUAUUUUUUGAAGGUACACAAACCAAUCCUGACGUGUUUGGCUGUUUAAGAGGUAAUACAAAACAAGGUGGCCCUUAUAAUCCCCACGAUCACCCUAACCCCACUUACAGCAAUGUAUCAUCAACACUAGAGAUAAAAGAUCCAGAUAAAUUAGAACCAACAAUGGCCAUCACCAGAAACCCAACUGAUGAAAUAUUUGGAAGAGUAAACUUCCAGCUAUCAAUUGCUCUGAAGAAAGUCGUUGCUGGUGAUUCUGCAAUUAAGGAUCGGUUGAUGGCAUUAGGUGGAGCUAAUAAGUGCCAGGCUCUUGUUCAUCCACAUGCUCAUGACGAUGAUCAAGCUGAUGAUAAGAAAGAAGUUGAUGUUGAUGGUAAAAAAGUUGCUGCCUCCGAUGAGAAGAGAGAGAUUGGUGCUUAUGAUGAGAAUGAUGGCGGCCAGCAUGGUGUUGGGAAGGACAAGAGGGAACAUCGAGGAGAUAUUGAACAAGGAGGUGAUUAUGAAGAGGCAACAACAUCAAAGACAACUACAGCUACACUGCUACCAACGUCAGAGGGAUUGAUGACGAUGACAAAUAGGUUGGACAAAAGUGUUAAUGAUAAAAGCAAUGAUGCCAGUGGUAAGGGUAUUGUAGAGGCAGGUAUCGAUGCACCAGAUGAUGUUUGGUCACAUGAUGCAGCCAAUCCUGUUGACAAACUUUCAGAGGCAAGUCAGAUCGACAUUCCAAAACCAGCUCCAAGGAAAAGGAAGUGGAAGAAUUACAUGUCAUUAUCUCACUUUACUAAGCAACAACAACAACCUGAUGCACCAGCAGAAACGACAACAACAACAACAACUGCUGCUACAACAAUUGAUACAGCUACCAUAAAUUCAGUCAAAACAACAUUUAGUAGACAGCAGCAUCACCAGCAAGAUUGUAACUACCAUCAUCAACAACAGCAGCAAUUACAUCAGCAACAGCAGUUACAUCAACUACAACAGAGACAUAAUUCUCACAAACAACAUCAACUACAAUUGAGGACUAGCACAAUAUCAACAUCACAGAGCCGGACACUACCGUCAGAGAAAGCCAAGAGAGCAAGUAGUAGCUACAGCACAAGUAGAUUGGAUGGAUCAAGUUCCUUACAAAACAACACCCACUCAUUUCUGGAUAACAUCGAUGAUGAAGCCGACAACAACGUUGAAAAGGAAAAAAAUGAUAUCCUUAAUAAUAUUUCGAGAUCUAAGAAAACAUCCAUGUUCCUGAAGUCAAGUGAAGAUUUUUUAAAUAGUUGA